ACCGGUUGAGGAAGUGAGUAAUUCACUCGGCUUUAAGUAUCCACUACCCUCACCACGUUUCCUACUCUCCACUCACAAAUUACACAUACAUCCGCCAAAAAACUCACAAUGGCCAAGAAGAACAACAACAAUGGUGUCGAGAACAAGAACAAGAACAACGACGGGGGUGAGAAGAAGAAGGCGAUCGCCUCUAAGAUUGUCAAAUGGGUCAAAUCUUUUCAAGGCGCUGAGUCGAUGAAAUCUGAGGGCCAAGCGAACAAGCGGACGGUGGUCGGAAAAGUGGACCCCACAAAGCUGAGAGACGAGCUGGCCACCAAGACCAAGAAUAAGGUCGACCUCGUCUCUCCCCAGCCCAAAAAGGACAACAAAGUCAACAGAGACGACGCCAACGACACCAAGAAAAAGAAGCCUGAGAAAACAGACAACGACGAAAAAGCCAAAGAAGCUCCGUUGAUGACGGCGGUUUUGAAGUUGGACUUUCAACGCCAAAAACGCACGACGCGGGCUGUGAAGAUUGCUGCAAGUACCACAGGGUGCGAUUCAGUAAGCGUGGAUAUGGAGAAGGGUUUGUUGACAGUGACGGGUUCAAUGGACGUGGUGGAAUUGGUUAUGCGUUUGAGGGCCCGCAUGUAUGCAGAAGUUGUGUCAGUACGCCCGCCACUUGUGCCACUAAGGAAGAAAGUUGGAGGCAACGACGAUGACGGUAACAACGACGGCAACGAAGGCAACAGCGGUGGCAGUGGACGUGGAGAUGAAGGCAACGGCGGUGGCAGUGGACGUGGAGAUGAAAAGAAAAAAGAGGAAGAUGAGGCCAAUGGUGGUGGCAAAAUGAAGUAUCCAGCGGGUCAGUACGGGUUUGGACAAAUUUCAUAUCGAACGGUACAUCGUCAUGGAUAUGGUUACCAAAAUGGGGCACUCAAAAUGGGGGAAAAAAUGUUGUUAAUGUGCUGUGAGGUUUUUGGUUUACUAGUGAUGUACAACCACUUGGCCAAGGACAUCUACACUAUGAGCAUCCACAGUGAGCGUGUAUUUUCAGGGGUGCAAAGCCACUUUUACAUUCCUUAUCUUCAAGGGAUGUAAAUAACUUUUCAACCCUUUGGUUGUAUCUCUUGGCAACCAAUCUUGCCUUAUACCUUUCAACUUCUCCUUUAGCAUUCUUCUUACCCUUGUAAACCCAUUUUACUCUAAUUGUUUUUUAGCUUUUAGGCAAGACAGCAAGCUCCCAUGUGUUGUCUUCUUGAUUGCACCUAUCUCUUCAUCCAUUGCUUUUCUCCAUCUCGAGUCAUGCACUGCAUCUUCAAAGCCUAUUGGUUCACAAUCAGCAAAUAAGCAAAACAAGGUCAAAUCAUUUUGAUUACUUGUGACAUCAUAAAUUUCACUUAGGUCUCUGAAGUGUGUUGUUUUUUCAUUUGAGCUUUCACUUGAUGAGGAUGAUGGGGAUGAGAAAUCUCUAUGAACUGAUGGUGGUGAUGGAGGUGGAGUUUGUUGCUGCUCUUCAAAUAUUUGCUCAACAUUGUCUUCUUCUUCCAAGAGAGGAAAUAAGUUAUAAUCUUUCUCUAGAGCCUCCCAAUUCCAUAUGCCUUCUUCAUCAAAAUGAACAUCCCUGCUAAUAAUAAUUUUCUCCUUCUCUAGAUUAUAAAGCUUGUACCCUUUGUCAUCUAGCUUGGAACGAUUCUUAUCUGGCACAUGUGUGUAGGCAAUGCUCCCAAAAACUCUUAAAUGAAACACGCUGGGCUUUCUUCCACUCCA